GGAUUCACAAUUCUCCAUCCUCGAAAAAGACUUCGAAUCCUUCCUUCCUUCCUUUAUCAUCUCCUUCAUCUUCAUCUCCUAUCUUCUUCACACAGCAUACCCACCUCUCUUUCUCUGUUAUUUCAACUAUUAAUAAAGGGUCUGUUACAUCUCUUGUUUUCUGCUCAAGGGUUUUGAUCGUUUAUUAGUUCCCAAGUUUUGUUUAGACUGGUUGAUCGGCCGACGGAAGUGAAGAGUUGCUCAACUCUACAGGUUUCUUGAGAUUUCAAGGUCAUAUUUUUAUGCUAAUUUAUUCAUACCCAGACUGAAUACUAGCUGAAUCUAUGGAUAAUCUGUGUUGUUUCAGUUCUCAGAGUUCUGGAGGAAAGUCAUCGCAAUGCUCCGGUAAAGGGAGAAGUAGUCGUGGUUCUGUCAAAUACGGUUACAGUUUAAUGAAAGGAAAAGCAAGCCAUCCUAUGGAGGAUUUUCAUGUUUCAAAAUUUGUUACACUUAACGGACAUGAGGUUGGUCUUUUCGCAAUCUACGACGGCCAUUUAGGCGAUACGGUUCCUGCCUAUUUGCAGAAAAAUUUGUUUUCCAACAUCCUAGAAGAGGAGGAUUUCUGGGGUGAUCCAAACAGAGCCUUUGGAAAAGCGUACGAAAAGACAGAUCAAGCAAUUCUAUCGCACAAACCCGAUUUGGGGAGAGGUGGAUCGACUGCAGUCAAUGCUAUUCUUAUAGAUGGUCGAAAACUUUGGGUGGCAAAUGUCGGAGAUUCGAGAGCGGUCUUAUCAAGACGAGGACAAGCAAUUCAGUUGAGCGUAGAGCACGAUCCCAAUGCAGAACGAAACAGCAUUGAAGACAGAGGAGGAUUUGUCUCAAACUUGCCAGGAGAUGUGCCAAGAGUAAAUGGACAGUUAGCUGUUUCUCGGGCUUUUGGGGACAAGAAUCUCAAAACGCACUUACGAUCAGAUCCCGAUGUUACAACUGCUGACAUCGAUGUCGAGAUAGAUCUCCUUAUCCUGGCUAGCGAUGGCUUAUGGAAGGUUAUGUCGAAUCAAGAUGCGGUUGAUAUUGCUAAGAAGAUAAAGGAUCCACAGAAGGCUAGCAAGCAGCUGGUAGCGGAGGCGUUGAAUAGAGAGAGUAAAGACGACAUGUCGUGCAUUGUUAUUCGUUUUGGAUAUUGAAAAAGGAUUAUUUCUUCAACAAAUCAUCUCGAUUGUGUAAUAUAGAAAUUUAUGGGCGGUUUGUAAUUGCUUGAUUUAUUUGAUAUUUUAGUUUUAUGAUUUUUUUUUUUUGUUAUGGUUGAAAUUAUUAUUAUCUUGCAUGUGAAAAGAGCUGCCUGCGGCUGCGUGACAAUAGAAUUGGAUUUUGUAAUAAUGAAUUUGUUUGUAUAUGAUUAAACUGGGAAUUAAUAGUAUUUGUGUUGAAAA